AUGAUCAACAAGAAGCAUAACCUCUCGUUGAAGUUAAACAAGUCGUUGGGCAAUAUUAUUCCAGAUGGACCGUUCACGCCGUUGGAUCAAACGUUGAAAACACCAAUCGAUUGCAAUCAGCAGGCAAAUUAUUUCCAGGCACAGCCAAAACAAGAUAGUAUUUAUAGCCAUCCACAUUACAACGAAUCGGAUGAUGUGUUGACCGAUAUUGAUGAGCCGUCAUUGGGGAGUUCUAAGACAACACAACACUACACGUUAACCUUCAACAACAAUUUCGACCAGUUGGUGAUGUCGGUGUAUUCUCAUAUCUUGUCGUUACCUACGACAACGCCAUUCCUGGGUACAAUACCUCCUAGUGGAUUAGUGAGCAAAGUAGCCAACGAAGUCAUGAACAACUUGAUAACGCACACCGCGUCGAAUAAUCCCCCGGCGUUCGAUCAGCAAUCGAUCAUUACGAAUGAUUACUUGAAAAAUUAUGCAUACCAGCCCAUUUUCUUGCAGUUGAUACGGAAGAGAUUACUAGAAUUAUGCACAUUCCAAAACUCGAGGGAUAAUAAUGUUAAUAAGUUGCCAACAUCGACGACAGUAUCGAUUACUGUCAACGGUAGCGGUAAUGGUGCACCAUACAACAACAAUAUUAGACAGACAUCUAUUUCAAAUUUGUCGUUAACAGAUUUGAACAUUUCGAACUACAAUGGAAACGGCUCGAGCAACAAUAACUCGUUAAGAUCGAGAUCAUCUUCGUUAAACUUAAGAAAGCAAUCGUUGACGAGAAAUAACUCCUGUAACGGAGGUAGUUGGUUACAUGUGGGUAACAUCAACAAUAUAAGACAGCAGAAUGGCUAUAAUGCACCUAUGCAAAACGACUCGAUGAAUGUGAGUACUGAUUCCUUACAAUCUAUGCAAGACUAUGUACCACAAUCAUUUAUCACCAGGUCUGCUGGUAAUACACCAACCUCAUCAAAUAAUACCACGACGCCAAAUAAUGGGUUCAAUUCCAUGAUGAUGGGCUAUCAAACCCCUCCAAAUUCUAACAAGAGUUCUGUUUCCAGUGGCUCGACCAUAUCUAGUGGCUCGACCUCCAUUCCAAAUCAAAAUAUUCAGAUUGUCCACAACAACAAUGGAGGCAAUUCAAACGAACUAGACUACUUCAACUUUUCUGAUUCUAGGUCAAGAUCCUCGUCCCGUAGUGGUAAUUCGUUCUCAGUACCCUUGACUAUAAAUACUGACAAUGCUAAUUUCCAAGCUUUAAAUUCUUUAAAUGGUUGUGAUGGAGAUACCUUAGACUCGCCAUUUAUGUCAGCUACAACACCAUCAGAGGAAUUUGGAUAUUUUAGUCAAGGAAACGGCUUCCCAAAUACACCUGUAGAUUUAAAUAAAGACAGUGAUACUUCUUCAAACUCGUCAAAUUCUUCUAAUACGAAGAAAGAUUCGAUUAAUUUACCAAGUCAAUUUGGAUUGAGUGAAAAGAAACGAGAUUCGCUUAAGUUAAAGAGAGGUAUACAUUAG